AUGAACAAUCCCAGAGCUUGUUCUCGUUAUUGCAACGAGAUGCACAAUUAUUGCGGAGCGGCCUACGAGUUACCUAUUCAACCGAACUCCACCGCCGUCAGGGCAUUCACGCAAGUAGGAGGACUGGGAGCUCUUUGCUACCUCACCAGCUUUCUAACCAUCGUCAUGCUCGGCGUUACGCUCAACACCAAGCCUGAUCUCACCAUCGAGACCUAG